AUGAUACAAUCAUCUAUGAUCUAUUUCAACUGCACCGACUGGCAGAGAAACUAUCUUUUUCCAACAGAUCAGAAAAUAUUUCUACUGUUACAAGUGACAAUCAAAUCAUUCAAGCCAGGUAAAAUAAAUUUGAAAACACUGUUUCUUAGCAUUGCAACAAUUACAGAAUCCUUGGCAAACGAGCGAGUUCCAAAGCAACGGCUUGUAGUAACUCAAAACAACAACGGUAGUACGACCGCUAGAGGUCCACACAAGCGGAAAUAUCUUUGGAAGGUAAUAGGAUUCAGCGCCUGCAGUAAGUCCUGUGGUGGUGGGGUCCAGCAGCCAAUCAUCAAAUGUGUCCGCGAGUCUCCAACGCGAGUCUUCUCCGCCAAACGUUGUGCUCAUCUGCAGCAACCGAUAUUGAACGAAAAUCUGAUGCGCAGCAACACUCAACCGUGUCCAGCAUAUUGGAAGCUUGGUGAAUGGGAUCAAUGCAACUGUGAGGAGAAAUACGAUGAGGUUGUGCUCAGGACACGUGAGGUCAAGUGCGUCCAAGAACUGUUAUCUGGUAUCGUGAUCCAAGUUAACAGUGGUGCCUGCAUGGACGAUGUACCCUCAAGCACGGAGAGCUGUGAAUGUUCACGCGUUAUCAAACCCACGACGACGUCAGCACCUCAGGUGGGUCCUCCACGAUAUAAAGCAUAUAGUGACGAUUUGAUACCAAACUAUGGAAACAGUGAAUCAAUCGCUCGUUAUGGAGGCUAAUCAAAGUGAUUAGGAUAUGAUUCAUAAUCAAAAUACAUAUUCGAAUGAAACCUGAUCUAUAACCAUUUUAGGUAACUUCAUGAAACAAUCAAAAACAUAUUUUUUUCUAUUUAAUAAUGACCAUUGAAAGACAUUUAGCCACGUAGUGGAAAGGAGGAAUUCCAAAAGGUAUUUAAAUUUCAAGGUAUUUAAAUUUC